AUGAACAACUUGAACAUGAAUGGAUGGGACGUUGUCUCUCUUGUCACAGUCCUUUUUGUCAACGAUGCUAUCCUCACCUUUGAGCAUGCAAGUGUCGAUCGACGAAUUGUCGGCCCAGGCCGCUUUUGGAACAUGGCAGAUCACGACAGGAGGGUCUUCCGACCUCAUUGUGUUCAGUAUUCCGCUCGAAAGUGUCUCGAGAUCUAUCAGCAGCGGUGGCAAACUCUUAAGCAAUUUCAGCUACACCUCGCUCGUUGCACAGGUGCAACUCACCUUGAAAUUCAUCGAUACUGGCUCAUAUGGUCAAGCUUGGUGGUUGACAGCAGCCGGCCUCCCACUGCGAUCCAGUCACUGCUAGAUAACACUGGUAAACCCUUGGCGAAUCAGUUCGACAGCGAUGCCAUCAAUCAGGCUUUGACCACCUGGUUGUCCAACAACUUGUCACAAUUCAACCGCGUCUUUGCCAGUGUCCAGCUGGAUCCUAGUGUUGGUUCCGAUACACAAUGGGCGUUUUGCCAGCCUUCCGUUGUGGCAUAUACCUAUCUUCAGCUUGUGGAUGGCGGUCUUGCCAAUAGCUAUCUUGGCCUGACCUACAACACUGGAGGCAACACUACUCCGGGCUCGGUUCCGCAAAUCAGCCCAUCCUUUAUCCCAGCAGACUGUCAGGCAGCGUUCAUGAUUUCUCCUGCUCUGUUUCUCAAAAACUUCCUGGCAACGGCAGCAAGUGACCAGUUCGACAUUCCGUCACAGAACAUGAGCAUUGAUACGAAUCUCCUUAGCAUAUCUCUCACAGCAGAUACUGCCAUCCCUCAACCUCAGCUUGAGGUCGACAUCCCACACUCUGACACAAGCUCUAUUGCUUCGGAUUUUAACAAAGCGGCAGACGCAAUUAAGGAUUUUCUCACAGGUGGAUCAUCGCCACCUUCUAUUACCGAAAUUCCUUAUUUGCCAUUCUUGACAGAAUUGCAAAUCUCUGUCCAAGACAGCAUUGUCUCCACGUAUGCUAAGACUUCGACUGUUGUCAAGGAAAAUGUACUGGGAACGGUUACAGCAUACAACACUUCUCAAAGUUGGAUGACAUUAGCCUUUGAUGCGUCCAACCAGACUCUCAGCUAUGAACCCAACCAGCCAACCGUCAAUAACCAUACGAUAAGUCAAUCCCAGGGUAUAGAGACCGCUGAAGAGAUAGUCCAAGAUGCUGGGCUAGUUGCGGCAGCUGCUGGUACGGUCUUGACAGAUGGAACAAGUCUGUUACUGGUUGGAGCACUGGGUGGACUCGCGCAAGGUGGCUUGCAGAUUGCACAAAGCUCUUUCAACGCAGACAAUCAGAACGAUGCUCCGGAGAUUACUGGAUUGGUUUCAAACAUCUCAUUGCCGGUCACAUGGUCAGGUUCAGGUCCUUUUGCCGCUUCUCAGGCCGGCCUCUAUCAGGGUGGAUUCUAUCUGGCUGGUAACCUCAGGUCAACAUCUUAA